AUGGAACUUGGUCUGUGCAGUCCAAGCCGGGAGGACGCAUACGAUUUCGUCGACGCAUGCGGUGAGCUCAGAGGCGGCGUGGCUGGAGAGACCAUCAGGGUCACCGGAGCCGGGACGGGCAUCGGCAGAGCCGUCGCGUCCAUCGCCUCUCUCGCGCCUGGGUGCAAGGUGAUCGUCAAGGGCGGCACGGAUGUGUACAUCGCAUCCGUCAAUGAUCUCUUCGCCAGCCUUCCCUCGGCCCCGGACGUCCUCGUGCAUCAUGCCGCCGCUCCCGUGGCCGACUCGUAUCUCUCGGCGCAGGCGACGGAGAUGGACAUCAACAUCCACGGCAUGUGCAAUGUGACGUGCACCUACAUCAGCGUCCUGAAGCAGCAGUCCAAGACGAAUGGUUGCAUCAUCAAUGUCUCUCCAAACGCCUCUUGGCGGCAUAUCCCGGGCCUCUCGUGCUGCUCUAUGACCAAGGCUGAUAUGAACGUCUACCGAACACGCAUCCGUAAGAUGAUGAAUGUCAGCCCCGACUUACCACUGGCGACGGCCGGGUAUCUCAGCACGGAUCGGGCAGAUUUCCUCAUGGGACGGUUCGUCAUCGCUACGUGGGAUAUGCAGGAGCUCGAGGGGCUGAAGGCUCAGUUCGGCAAGAAGGAGCUGCUGCGAAUGAUGGCGGGCGUCGAAUGGAGGGGUUGA